AUCGAGUCCGUCCAUGCAAAUGGUCUCCAUCCCCAUCAUCACCACCACUACUACCAUCAUCAUCAUCAUCAGUGCGGUGAAAUUAUUCCCUUUUUUUUUAUUCCCAAUAUAUUUUUUCCUCCCUUAAAGCUUCGGGGGCACCUUGUCCGUAACGCUGCUUCUCGGGGGCGAGCUCCUAGAAUGUGUGCGUGCGCGCAAGAGAGUGUGCGUGAGUGUGUGUGUGUAUGAGAAGAGUGUGUGCUUGCGUGUGUGUGUGUGUGUGUGUGCGUGCGUGUGUCUGCUCUGCUGUUGCUGCCCUUUGAUCCCUGCAUUAGUGUUAGUUAGGGGCUCGGAGACACACUUGCACCGAGAGCAGCCAUAGUCAAGACACGGCAACAACAACAGCGGCACCUCCUCCGCCUGUGUUCCCAUUCCCCAACAAUACACUUUAAACCGAGCAAAGCCAGGUGCACGACCAAGUCCCUGCCAUCACUGGCGCCUCCAGUCUCAAUGGGAAAAACCUUUUUUCUUCUUAUCCCCAAACAAGGACGAGAAUGUGAUUAAAAACGGGGGAAAAUGCCAAGGAGGAAGCAGGAGCAACCCAAGCGCCUGCCUUCACAUGUGGACAGCAAUGAGGACGGAGGGCCUGAUGGCGGUGCUGUGGAGGAGGAAGGCUGGUUUGGGAAUGCCUCUGACACACGCUCAGAGUCGUCGUCUUUUGGAGACACCCAGGAUGAGCUCCUCCUGCCCAGGGGCUCCUCUCCUGAUGAACGACCUGGAGCCAGCGCUGGGUCCGGGGAACACGAUACCUGUGGAGGAGAGAGCUCACUGGGUUGCCCCACACCCGUCCAUCGUGCCUCUUUGGAACUUCUUGGACUGGAUGGAGGUGCAUUCUCGGCCCAGGACACACUCUCCUCCGUGGUGUCAUCGCUGUAUGGUGAGGCGGCAUCUCGAGCGCUGGGAAAACCGCUCAGCAGCAACCUGCGGCGCCUCCUCGAGGCGGGGUCACUGAAACUUGACACUGGGGAGCUCCUGGGUCGGUCAUCCAGAGGAGGUGCUGGGGGGGAGUCUCCUCCAAUAGCUCUAGCGCCACCUUUGACCCUGUCCCCAUCUUCCCAUCAUGCCCAGCAGUUAAGUGCUCUUGCCCGAAAACUGGCCAAUAACAACAAUAACAGUGGCUCAGCCUCACCAGCCUCCUUGGCACCCUCAGUCACCAACAUUAAGCAAGAGCCCCUCGACCCCUUUAACUCUGUCACCCCUAGCAAUGGCAGUGGUUUUGUAUGGGCAGGUGUUGCAGAUAAGUGGCCACCGGCCAGCUGUUCCACACCCUGCGGCUCCAGCCUGUCCCCGGACUCUGCAAUCCAGAAGUUAAAAGCAGCAGCAAAUGCUGUUCUUCAAGACAAAAAUGCCGUGGCCUCCUCUUCAACAACAUCUUCCUCCUCCUCCACCUCUGCCUCGUCUGCAGUGCCCACCCUGGGAGGGGGUGGUCGAGGAGAUGAUGUGGUGCGCUUUGAUGCCUUCAACUCUCCGUUUAGCCCGCAGUCAGCUAGCUCCACCCUUGCUGCACUUUCCAAGAAAGUGAGCGAGCGGAGCCAAGCCUCGUCAACGACCAGUGCUGCUACGGACCACCAAUCCUCAGCAAGUUCCUUUCUCUCACUCGUGUCAAUGACCUCCUCUGCUGCCUUGCUCAAAGAGGUGGCUGCCAGGGCAGCAGGAAACCUGCUGGCAGAGAAGAAGGACGGUUCUCCCUUGGCAACUGCUGGGGUCCUCCAAGAGGAUGUGAAGCCCCUGCUGGACAAGAACCAGAAGGCGCCCACGCCCUCUACACCCACCCAGAGCCUAGAGUUGCUGCUGCCCUCUACUCCAAAGGGCAGAGGCAAACCCAACAACCAAGCAGGCUCCCCUGAGGAUGGUGGCAAACCAUUCCAGUGUCCUGUGUGUGGACUGGUCAUCAAACGCAAGAGCUACUGGAAGAGACACAUGGUCAUCCACACGGGCUUGAAAAGCCAUCAGUGUCCGCUGUGUCCUUUCCGCUGUGCUCGAAAAGACAAUCUCAAGUCCCACAUGAAGGUACAUCAGCACCAGGACCGGGGUGAGACAUUUCAGUGCGAACUCUGUCCCUUUACCUCCUCCCGUCACUUCAGCUUGAAGCUUCACAUGCGCUGCCACCAGCACUUCCCCCGCACAGACGUCAAGGUGAAAGAGGAGCUCACCACCGACACAGAGGGCGAGGGCUCCCUGAUGGGUGACAGUGGUUCCACAGACCUGAGGGGGACAGAGGUGUCCCCGCUGCACUCCGACACUCAGCAGCAGACGUCGCCUCCGGUCGAGGCUUCCUCCAAUCAUGUCCACAUCAAGGAGGAGCCACAGGAAAGAGACCUGUCCGUGCUCUCACCCUUUAGCAUCUGCAGGGACCGUCCCAGCAGCAGUGCCAACUCCCUGGAUCUACCUGGAGUUGGGGUCAGAUCCAGUCCUAGUGGUCCAACCACGGCCUCGCUCUUCAGCCCUGACAUCACUACCAAAACAGCCACUGACUUGCUUAUGAAGCUUUCAGCGGCCAACCAGAGGGAGACACUCAAGUCUCCGUUCCACCUGAAGGAAGAGCCCAAAGUGGAGGAAGCACUGAGUCCUAGACCUUCCUCUCAGUCCCAGAGCCAGGUCCAGCCAAGCUUUCCUGUGACUUUCUGCCAGGACGGGCCGGCGGGGGCUGUAGGAGGCACGGAGCGCUCAGGGCCACUGAAGCCAAGGGAAGGAAGCCCCAUGGCUAAAAACAGCUUGCUGAGCCAGGAUAUCAACGUUAAGGUGGCCUCCGAGCUGCUGAUUAAGCUUUCAGAGAACAAUAAAGAUGCCCAGUACCAGAAGGUGAAAGUAAAGGCAGAGCCCAUGGAGGUGGACCCGCCGCCUUCAGAACCCUCCCCACCUGCCUCUCACCUGCUGGCCUUCAGCACUUUAGGGGCGAGUGAGAAGAGUGAGCCAAUGAGUAACCUCCCCGAGACAUUGGCCUGCCCCCAGAAAGAUCUCUUCUCCCAAGACAUAUCGGUCAAAAUGGCUUCUGAACUCUUGUUCAAAUUGUCAGAAAAAGUCAGCAAAGCCAACAACCACAAAGACAGCAACAUGGUGGGAAUAAACAGUCCGUUCCUGGACGAGUGCUUCAGACAAUCACCCUUUAACUCACGCUCCAAGAGCUCUUCCCCCGCAGAGGCCAGUUCCUCCACCAGGGCAGCAUUCCACGACUCGGAAAAGGAUGAUGGCGAGCCGGGAAAUGGGAUUGCCCAGUGGAGACUAAACGAACAGCUCUUCCCCUGUCCCGUCUGUGGCAAGGUGUUCGGCAGACAGCAGACCCUUUCUAGACAUCUGUCUCUACACACAGAGGAGAGGAAGUACAAGUGUCACCUGUGUCCUUACGCAGCCAAGUGCAGGGCUAACCUCAAUCAGCACCUGACCAUCCACUCUGUCAAGCUGGUCAACACGGAUGCUGAGCAGAUCGUCAGCGCCGUUACAGCCGACUCUGCUGAGCGCAAGAACUGCCCUUACUACUACAGCUGCCAUGUGUGUGGUUUCCAGACGGAGCUGAACGCCCAGUUUGUCAGCCACAUGUCGCUCCAUGUGGACAAGGAGCAGUGGAUGUUCUCACUCUGCUGCAGCGUCUGUGACUACGUCUGCAUGGAGGAGAACGACAUGAAGAGCCACAUCAGUACUGGACAUGCAGGUCUGAACUCCAGAAGUCCCCUCAGCGAGACCAAGAGCACCUCAUCGUCGCUCUCAGCCCUCAGCGAUUCCCUGAACAGCUCGGAGGGUGGAGACCUCACCCACGGUAACGAGGAACUCAAGAGCCUGCUGGCACCGCCCUCCUCCGCAGGCAGCCAGUCCAGCUCCGGAAGCCACUCGGGAUCAGGAACUGAGGACAAGUCUGACAAAGGUUUUGAGUGCGUCUUCUGCAAUUUUGUGUGCAAGACGCGCAGCAUGUACGAGCGGCACCUCCAGAUCCACCUCAUCACACGAAUGUUUGAGUGCGACGUUUGCCACAAGUUCCUCAAGACGCCCGAGCAGCUGCUGGAGCACAAGAAGUGCCACACCAUCCCCUCCGGAGGGCUCAAGUGCCCUUUUUGCAUCUACUCCACCAAUCGUCCAGCGGCCAUGGAGUGCCACCUUAAGACGCACUGUAAGAUGGAGUACCGCUGCCGCAUCUGCCAGGGACUGUGGCCCGACCAGGCCUCACUGGAGGCCCACAUGCGCGGGCACCGCCUGGGCAACCACUACAAGUGUGAGCAGUGUGGCUACUUGUCCAAGACGGCCAAUAAGCUGAUCGAGCAUGUGCGUGUGCACACGGGCGAGCGGCCCUUCCACUGCGACCGCUGCUCUUAUAGCUGCAAGCGCAAGGACAACCUCAACCUGCACAAGAAGCUGAAGCACGCGCCGCGCCAGACUUUCGGCUGCCAAGAGUGCCCUUUCACCACCACACACCCCUUUGUCUUCAGCCGCCACCUCAAGAAACACCAGAGUGGAGGAAUGGGGGGGCUGGACGGAGGAGGAGGAGGAGGAGGAGAAGAGGAGGAGGAAGACGAGGAGGCGGGAGGGGAGGAGCUGCCACUAGAGGGAACGCCACCCGGGGGCUCGUCGUUGCAGAAGAGCCAGGAGAGCUUCCUCUUCAGCGGAGGGGGCAGCAGUGGAGGGAGCGGCAGCAGCAGCCCUCUCAUGAGCCUGACAGCAUCUCAGGCGCUCCAGUCCGUCGCUCUGUCGCUCACCCUGGGCAAGUCCCACCAGCUGGACCCCGGCAGCCCUCUGCACUGCCGGGUCAGCGUGAACGGCGGCGACGCCACCAGAAACCCGGCGGCGUGAGCAGCGGCAGCCCCUCCCUCUUCCUUCCCUCCUCCCGCCACGUGUUCGAGCAGUACAGGAACUGCGACCCGGCCCACCUGAUCCCCCUCACCACCCUGUUCACCCACAACAGCCGUUUCACAUUCCACUCGC